ACGGUAAACCCGGUUUAAAUUAAACCAGAAAUUGGAGAAAAUCUCAGCCAUGGCGAUUGCUUCAUCAGCCACCGUUCUCUUCUGCUGCGCCAAACCAAAUUUCCGGCGAAUUCCGUCUCAGAGCCGUUCAUCUUCUCCUCUCACCACCUUAAACGAAAGUGGGAUCCGGAGCCGCAGCUUAAUCCAUGACCCGAUUACGCUGUCGGGUCUUAUCGGAACCGGUUUGAUGGCGGGUACGUUCAUCACGGCGGGACCAGAUUCUACAGCCAUGGCGGCGGUGGAUUCUCUUCAGCUAAGCGAACCUGCUAAUGCGUUGUCUUUACCCACUUGGGCUAUUCAUGUUUCCAGCGUUGUCGAAUGGAUUACGGCGAUGGCGUUGGUAUGGAAAUAUGGAGAAAGAAAAGGUUAUGAGUCUUGGAAAGGUCUCUCAUGGGGAAUGGUACCUUUGCUUGGUGGAGCUCUUUGUGCAUGCACAUGGCAUUUCUUUUACAAUGAUGAAUCUCUUGAGGUGUUGGUCGCGCUUCAGGCGGCACUAACUGUGUUCGGUAAUAUUACUCUGUGCAUUGCUGCCUUUCGAAUCAACAAGUUGUCAUCCAAAAUUGAAGUCUCUGAAAAACCAUGAUGGCUAAACACAUCUUUCUGUUAAGAAGUACAAGGAAUAUCUGUUUUCCCUUUCUACCGACGGGUAAAGCCGACUUUUGCUUGAUAUGGAACAAGUGAUUAGGGAUGAGACUGGAGUUCAUAAAGUUUAUGAUUCAUUUGCUAUUUGCUUAUUGUAGGAAUCUGAGUGUAGCCUUCUUGGGGAUUCUUGGUGGUAAGAGGAUCUUCGAGAAUUGUCAAUGUGGUAGUAACGAAAAGAUCAUGGUUUAUACUUUAUAUUUGUAGAUAUUGAGCCAAACAUGAUUGUAUGUUCCUAAGUAUAUAUUCUUGAUGAGUUAGACCAUAUCAUAAUCUUAUGUGAGCAUCCUUCUUCUGUAAUCUUUGUAGUACUGAAAUUUUUUGGGUCUUAGACACUUAGACUUGGAUGAUAACUAAGAUUCUUUAUCAAGUCAAUUAAAUUCA